AUGGAGGGGAGCCAGGCGGAAGCGGCAGAGCGCAGGGGCCCACAGUACAAUCACAGAAUGGUGUGCUUCCUUGCUCUCCAGCUGGACAGGGUAAAAGAGCUGGAAAGACCUCCAAGCGCAUCUGCCGAAGAAUGGGAAGCCUUUGAACUGUCUGUCCAUAAGGGGUGGAGGCUUGUGGCCAAGCAUACAUCCCCCUUUGACAUCAGAACUUUCUACAAAAUCGAAGAUAUGCACAGCACAGUGGAGGAGAUCUGUAAAUAUCUGAAAGCACAGGCACGAGAAUGGCGGGUGGACUGUGGUGCGGCCUUGGAAGGCUGUGUGCCCCAAGAUUUUGUGCAAGAGGAUAGGGAGUAUCUGCACAAACUGCUUGCCUACAUCCUCAAAGGCGUGGAAAGUGGGAUCGAUGACAAGCUGCUCAUGGAAUGGCUCCCCAUCAAACGCAGACAUGAGGUAGAAAUGAGAGAACUGCAAAUCAUUGGGGAGGAUGUGCUGGUGCUGAAGAGACAGAUGGGCCAGGGUGGAUAUGGGUUUGUGUACGAAGCAGAAUGGAAUCUGGCCACAGUGGCAGUCAAGAGACCACUGAGGGAUGGCGACUUGCCCAUUGAGGAGUUUGCUAGCCUUGUCAGGGAAGUGAUGGUUCAGGGCAGGUUGCGUCAUCCCAACAUUGCGCUUGUGUAUGCUACUACACCAUCUGGCUGGCUGGUCAUGGAAGCAGCAGACUCAGAUUUGGGUACCCUGUGCCAUGGCAAGGAGAGGCUCAGCUGGCAUGGCACACUGAACAUCCUCAGGCAAGCAGCCAAAGGACUGUGCUACCUGCACAACCUUUCCCCUGCAAUCGUUCACUCAGAUGUGAAGGCUUCCAACUUCCUUGUAUUUGGAAAGGAGCCAAGCAGCUGCAGGAUUAAAGUUGCAGACUUUGGCCUUGCUUUUGAAGCACUCGAGGGGAGAAGCAAGACUGCAAGGCUGGGAGGAGGAACGCUGGAGUGGAUGGCUCCAGAAAUAUAUGAGCAGAAGCCCAUCACCAUUUCAUCAGACAUCUUCAGCUUCGGAGUCACCAUGUAUGAAGUUCUGACAGGGGCAUAUCCUUAUGGAUCAGACAAGCUGAAUCAGUAUGCACAAGCUGCUGUUGUUAUGAACAAGAAGCUCUCUGGCAAGGAACCUUGCACUAUUGGGCCUGAUGACUGUCCCAAUGACAUGCAUGCCCUCAUGAUGCGGUGCUGCUCUAUUGAUCCUGAAGAUCGACCAACAAUGCUGGAAGUCAUCAAAUGUCUUGAGGAGUUGCCAAAUGAUUGGAAACCCGCUUCUCAGCUCUCACCCAAGGCGAGCCAACAACAACCCAUAUUUGAGGGUAAAUUGUCAGCCUUUCAUUUGGCUGAGUACCACAAAUGA